AUGAACGCAAAAGUCGGAUCAUGCAACAGAAAUAGGGAAAUAAUUAUGGGAAAAGAAGGAACAGGAGCGAUAAACAACAAUGGUAAAAGGCUCACCAACUUCUGCGAGAUGAACAGCCUUAUUAUCACAGGAACACUAUUUCCCCACGAAAAAAUCCACAAAAACACCUGGACGUCCCCUGAUGGAAGAACACAGAACCAGAUCGAUCAUGUACUAGUAAACCAGCAGUUUAGAAGAUCAGUUCAGGACACAAGAGUCUUGAGAGGCGCAGACGUCGGAUCAGAUCACCAACUGGUUAGAACCAAGGUAAAGCUCAAGCUAAAGAAAAUCACCAAGCCUACCAGCACAAGGACUAAGUAUGACACUGGUAAACUACAGAACGAGUCAAUUAGGAAAGCAUUUUCAAUAGAACUUCGCAACCAGUUUUCAGUCCUCGAGUCAAUUGAUGACAAUGAAGAGGAACAGGAAGAGGAACAUGAACAUGAUAUCGAUACUAAGUAG